GUUUAUGACCAUUUAUGACGUUAUGACCGCCAAAUUUAUUUGUAGUAAAUUUCUCAAAAGAAAAAGGAGAUAAUGCCUUUGUUUCGUCGUUCGUAGGAAACCUUUCGCGGCCUUGAUAUUAAUCUGGAGUCGUCCCUUAACGGUGACUGAUAAGUAAAGUUGAAUAUCGAGUGAGAACAUGUCACCGCCUCGAAGAAAGUCAUGAAACGCGUCCAGACAAUUUUUUGAAAUUAAUUCAGUUUCAUGCAAAAGCCUUCAUUACGUAACGCGGAUAUAAAGUCCGUAAGAGAAUGUCGAGACACGUUAUCGCAUGUCAUGGAUGAUAAGCAACGAAACGUUAAGCUGACAAGACUGCUGAAACAGAGACGUCAUUUAUAGGUUAUCCCCGUCCCAGAUAUGGCCAAUACUGGAUUGCUGAUUCUGACGAAUCCAGCAAAGGUUGCUAAACUGCUGCCGAUAGUGAAGGAACACGUAUUAAAGACUUUGUAUAUUCAGUACUUUCCGGAAAGGAAUGUCCUUCUUCCAGGAAAUUGUAGCCUACAGGCUCAACUCUGGAGAGGACCUCAAUACAGUCAGACCAUGGCACGGAUCUAUUCUCUGGCAUCCGUGUUCCCCUCUCGGCUGGAUGUGCGAGUGCUACUUUCUAGCAUGAAGAACCCUAGCGUAUCUAUUAUCAAUACUAAAAAACCUGUGGAGAUAGUGAUUUUCGAUCGGACUUAUAGUAAAAAUGAAGCAAAUACCUUCAUACAAGAUUGUCUGUCAAAUACGUCGAUGGGUUGCAGUUUUGUUACAUUUGACGGUGAUAAAGAGCAGCAGCGGAAUGGCAGCAAAGAGGAUCGGCAACACGAACUUGAUCAAAUAUAUGGGAACGUCGUACUAGGAGGUACGUUUGAUCGCUUGCACAAUGGGCACAAGAUCUUCCUCGGAGAAGCUGUUCUUCGUUGUUCAAAGAAACUGACAGUUGGCAUCACAGACGAGAAUAUGAUAUCUGGCAAGAUUUUAUGGGAACUAAUCGAACCUUGUUCAAAAAGGAUAUCGGUUGUAAAAGAUUUUCUAGAAGAUGUUGAUCCAACAUUGAAGUACGAUGUAGUUCCAAUUAAUGAUAUAUAUGGUCCUACUAAGGACGACCCUACCUUUGAGAUGAUAGUAGUCAGUGAAGAAACCAAGCGUGGAGGCGACAAAGUUAACGAACUGCGACAACAGAAAGGUCUUAGUAAGUUAGAUGUUCACGUGGUUGAGUUGGUAAAGGAUCAACUAUGCCAGGAACACGAGGAAGCUAAAAUCAGCUCUAGUAAUCACAGAAUGCGGUUGCUUGGCACAAGACUUCGCAGACCAAAUUUAAGCGAUAAAGAUUUAAAGCCUUACAUCAUCGGGCUCACUGGAGGUAUAGCAAGUGGAAAGUCUUCGGUAGGAGAUAAAUUACAAAAAUUAGGAGCAGGUCUUGUAAAUUGUGAUCGAAUUGCUCACGAUUUAUACGAACCAGGCAAACAAUGUUAUAACUUGAUCGUCGAGCAUUAUGGAUCAGGUAUUUUGAAGCCCGAUGGAUACAUCGACAGGAAAGCUUUAGGUAGUUUGGUAUUUAAUGACAGGGCCCAGUUAGAUAAAUUGAACAAUUUGGUAUGGCCUGCUAUUUUUGAAGAAGCACAAAAGCAAAUUCGGGAAUACCAUAAAAAAGGGUUCGAUGUUAUUGUGCUAGAAGCUGCUGUAUUGAUUCAAGCUCACUGGCAACAUGUUUGUCACGAGAUUUGGACUUGUAUUAUACCACAGGAUGAGGCAGUAAAACGCGUAAUUGAAAGAAAUGCAUUAACAGAGGAAGAAGCUAGACUGCGAAUUAAAUCUCAGCCUACUAACACCGAGCAAAUAAAUGAAGCUCAUGUUGUAAUAUCCACUUUGUGGAGUCAUGAGUUUACCCAGCAACAAAUUCAAAAAGCGUGGGAUUCGGUGAGGGAAGAUUUAUCAUGCUCAACAAAAGGCAAUCAGGCCUAAAUGUGCUACAAAAAAAAAAAAAAACCGUUUGCAAGUGCCAGUGCUAGAAAUAUUUAGCGUAAAAAUUCUUUUUUUUUAAGGGCGAUAUCAAAACUCGUAAGUAUAAUGUUACGUGCCGGGAUUAUUUUAAACGAGGCUCCAUAUGUAGUACACAUAUGCAAGAUGCUUCUUGGGUGUCAGGCUACCUUUCCACAUAGUAUGGUUACAAUUUUGUAGCAUUAUUAUUUGUAAUUAUUCAAAGACUUGCUAAACUGAUGUAGGUAUCUUGAAGGAAAAAAAAAAAAGAAAAAAAAAACCUAUAUUUAGUUAUUGAGCGAGCAAUUCACAAAUUACAAAACAAUAAGAAGGAUCUGUAACCACGUACAAAACAGACAUUGUGAUAUACCAUUGGUUGUUGUGUCAAACUAUGUUACACAGUAUUGUUAAAUAAAACCACCUGCGUUAAAGUA